AGCGUGGCAAUACCAGAAUCAACCAAAUAAGAAGAUGAGCUGGUUCAGCUGCAAUGAAACUUCUCAUGGCAAACUCAAUCAAAUCUUUUUUUCACUAAGUUACGAACCGAACAAUGGCUAUAACGUUCGGUUCAGUGACUCCUAACUCCAACACUAUGUCUCUCACUCUCACCACACAACCCCUAAACAACCUCAUCACCAAUCAUCGUACCAAUUUUGUGUUCUGUGGCCGAAGUCUUGGCUAUGGACACACUCUGUCUUUCUCAGACCAAAGGGUUUCUUCUUCCUUUGCCACUGUUGUUUGUUCAGCUGCCAAUAAACCAUCCCCUUCAUCAGAUAUUAGCUCUACAGCCAAGAUAAGGAGCGAGGUUCUCUCACCUUUUCGGUCUGUUAGGAUGUUCUUUUAUAUUGCUUUUGUUGCAAGUGGUUCUCUGGGGGCAUUCAUAGCAAUCACACAACUAAUUGGAGCACUUGCUAACUCAUCAAGAGCAACUGAAGUCCCUGAAAUUCUGAAGGGCCUUGCCAUUGACAUUGCAGCAGCGUCUUUAUUUGCUUUCUUGUACUUCAGAGAGAACAAGGCAAAGAAUGCACAGGUGGCGCGCCUCUCAAGAGAGGAAAGCUUAUCAAACCUUAAGCUCCGUGUGGAUGAGAAGAAGAUCAUUCCUAUGAGUUCCUUGAGAGGGAUUGCUCGUCUUGUCAUAUGUGCUGGCCCUGCAUCCUUUGUAACUGAGUCUUUUAAGCGCAGUGAACCUUUCACUGAAAGCCUUUUGGACAGAGGUGUGCUUGUUGUGCCCUUAGUAACAGAUGGAAAUUCACCUGCUUUUGAGUUUGAGGAGACUGGGGAACUUGCCACAAGAAGGAAGAGACUAUGGCAACUGGCUCCAGUUUACAUCAAUGAGUGGUCUGAGUGGUUAGAUGAGCAAAAGAAGUUAGCUGGUGUACCUUCUGAUUCUCCGGUGUAUCUAUCUCUACGCAUGGAUGGUCGUGUUCGUGGUAGUGGUGUUGGUUAUCCUCCUUGGAAUGCUUUGGUUGCACAACUACCAUCAGUGAAGGGAAUGUGGACUGGUCUACUAGAUGGCAUGGAUGGUAGAGUUCUUUAAAAGGACUAGUGUUUUUGUUUUUCUACUUUUGAAGGUUCAUCUCUCAUUUCCCCCUCCCCACAAAACAAAAUAGUGCACCCCUCUUGUUCUUCAUUUCCUUUUCCUGGUUUUGUUUCCCUAUAGUGGACAUUCUAUUAAACUUUUAUGAUUUGGUUUUU